AUGGCGCGCUCCAAGUAUACCGUCGCUGGGUUCUUUGUCCUCCUGGCCAUUGCAGCAAUGCUGCAGCCGUCCGAGGCGAGGGUCCAGCCAGCCGCCGCAAACCAAGAAGAAGCCACAGCCACCACCACAGCCGAUGGGGCCCCCCCGUCUCUUCCUGGCCUGCCGUUGCCUCAGAUUCCCGGUAUUCCAAGCUUACCACCGAUAUUCCGCUCCCUUUUCCCACCACUUCCUCAGAUCCCCGGCUUGCCGCCGCUGUUCGGGCCUCUCCCUGGUGGUGCACCGGGCGCCCCUCCAUCCCAUUCCCAUGCACCGCCUAGCCUCCCACACUUGCCACUUCCCACCGGGUCGCCAAGCCCACCGCCACCGAAGGAGUGCCUGACACCGCUGACGGCCAUGAUACCGUGCAUGCACUAUCUCACCAACGUCACGGUGUUCUCGCCCCCGAGCGCUUGCUGCGAUGGCCUCAAGUCGGUCGUCAGCACCGCGCCGAUCUGCCUCUGCCACGGCCUUAACAACAACGGCGGCAUGAGCAAGCUCUUCCCCAAGCCUAUCGACCCCAUCCGCAUGAUCAUCCUCCCUGCUAGGUGUGGCGCCAUGAUUCCCCUGCAGACGAUCUUCUCCUGCGCCACCCAACCCUUGCCGCCGCUGACGCCUCCUGCCACGACUCCGUCGCCUCCCGCUGCUUCUCCCGCGCCAUCACCAUAG